CUGAGGCUUCAAGUGCGGGCAGAUGCCGCAGCUGGAGCCGGAGCUGCCCGGUGCUAGCAGCCAGGGCGGUGCGGGCUUCGGGAGGCUGCCCGGGCCGGGAGCGCCGGGACAGGCAGCAGCGGGCUCCCCCUGUUGUAUGGGCAUUCUGCACCCGAAACCAAUAGCUGAGUGCUGAAGUUUUAUAACACAGAACUUUCAUCCCAGCACAUGAUUUGGGAGUUACACUUUGUGACAUGGAUGAAUCUGCACUGACCCUUGGCACAAUAGAUGUUUCUUAUCUGCCGAAUUCAUCAGAAUACAGUGUUGGUCGAUGUAAGCAUGCAAGUGAGGAAUGGGAUGAGUGUGGUUUUAGACCUACUGUCUUCAGAUCUGCAACCUUAAAAUGGAAAGAAAGCCUCAUGAGCCGGAAAAGGCCAUUCGUUGGAAGAUGUUGUUAUUCCUGCACUCCCCAGAGCUGGGAUAAGUUUUUCAACCCCAGUAUUCCAUCUUUGGGUUUGCGGAAUGUUAUUUAUAUCAAUGAAACUCACACAAGGCACCGAGGAUGGCUUGCAAGACGCCUCUCUUAUGUUCUUUUUGUUCAUGAGCGAGAUGUCCAUAAGGGCAUGUUUGCCACCAAUGUGACUGAAAAUGUACUGAACAGCAGUAGAGUACAAGAGGCAAUUGCAGAAGUGGCUGCUGAGUUAAACCCUGAUGGUUCUGUCCAGCAGCAAUCAAAAGCCAUCAACAAGGUGAAAAAGAAAGCCAAAAGGAUCCUCCAAGAAAUGGUUGCCACUGUCUCACCGGCAAUAAUCAGAUUGACUGGGUGGGUGCUGCUAAAAUUGUUCAACAGCUUCUUUUGGAACAUUCAAAUUCACAAGGGUCAACUUGAAAUGGUUAAAGCUGCAACUGAGAUGAAUUUGCCGCUUAUAUUUCUUCCAGUUCAUAGAUCCCACAUUGACUAUCUGCUGCUCACUUUCAUUCUCUUCUGCCAUAACAUCAAAGCGCCAUACAUUGCUUCAGGCAAUAAUCUCAAUAUCCCGAUCUUCAGUACCUUGAUCCAUAAACUUGGGGGCUUUUUUAUUCGACGGAGGCUAGAUGAAACACCAGAUGGACGGAAAGAUAUUCUCUAUAGAGCUUUGCUCACUGGGCAUAUAGUUGAACUCCUUCAUCAGCAGCAAUUCUUGGAGAUUUUUCUGGAAGGCACACGAUCUAGGAGUGGAAAAACCUCCUGUGCUCGGGCUGGACUUUUGUCAGUUGUGGUCGAUACUCUGUCUACCAAUACCAUCCCGGACAUCUUGAUAAUACCUGUUGGAAUCUCAUAUGAUCGUAUUAUUGAAGGUCACUACAAUGGCGAGCAACUGGGCAAACCUAAGAAGAAUGAGAGCCUUUGGAGUGUAACAAGAGGUGUUAUUAGAAUGUUACGAAAAAAUUACGGGUGUGUCAGAGUGGAUUUUGCACAACCAUUUUCCUUAAAGGAAUAUUUAGAAAGCCAAAGUCAGAAACCUGUGUCUGCUCCACUUUCUCUGGAGCAAGCAUUAUUACCAGCUAUAAUUCCUUCAAGACCCAGUGAUGCUGCUGAUGACGGUACCGACACAUCCAUUAAUGAGUCCAGAAAUGCAGCAGAUGACGAAUCCUUCCGAAGAAGGUUGAUUGCAAAUCUGGCCGAACAUAUUCUAUUUACUGCUAGCAAAUCCUGUGCCAUUAUGUCAACACACAUUGUGGCUUGUCUGCUCCUCUACAGACACAGGCAGGGAAUUGAUCUCUCCACGUUGGUGGAAGACUUCUUUGUGAUGAAAGAGGAAGUCCUGGCUCGUGAUUUUGACCUGGGGUUCUCGGGAAAUUCAGAAGAUGUAGUUAUGCAUGCCAUACAGCUGCUGGGAAAUUGCAUUACAAUAACCCACACUAGCAGAAAUGAUGAGUUUUUUAUUACCCCCAGCACAACUGUCCCAGCAGUCUUUGAACUCAACUUCUACAGCAAUGGGGUACUCCAUGUCUUUAUCAUGGAGGCCAUCAUAGCCUGCAGCCUUUAUGCAGUUCUGAACAAGAGGGGCUCGGGAGGGACUGCCGGUGCCCCCGCCAACUUGAUCAGCCAGGAGCAGCUGGUACGGAAGGCUGCCAGCCUGUGCUAUCUGCUCUCCAAUGAAGGCACCAUCUCACUCCCCUGCCAGACAUUUUACCAAGUUUGCCAUGAAACAGUAGGAAGGUUUAUCCAGUAUGGCAUUCUUACAGUGGCAGAGCACGAAGACCAGGAAGAUAUAAGUCCGGGUGUUGCUGAGCAGCAGUGGGACAAGAAACUUCCUGAACCUUUGUCUUGGAGAAGUGAUGAGGAAGAUGAAGACAGUGAUUUUGGAGAGGAGCAGCGGGAUUGCUACCUGAAGGUGAGCCAGUCCAAGGAGCACCAGCAGUUCAUCACCUUCUUACAGAGUCUCCUGGGGCCUUUGCUGGAGGCCUACAGCUCCGCUGCUGUCUUUGUUCACAACUUCAGUGGUCCCGUUCCAGAACCUGAGUAUCUGCAAAAGUUGCACAAAUACCUAAUAACCAGAACAGAAAGAAAUGUCGCAGUGUAUGCCGAGAGUGCCACAUACUGUCUUGUGAAGAAUGCUGUGAAAAUGUUUAAGGAUAUUGGGGUUUUCAAAGAGACCAAGCAGAAGAGAGUAUCUGUUUUAGAACUAAGCAGCACUUUUCUACCUCAAUGCAACCGGCAGAAACUCUUAGAAUAUAUUCUGAGUUUUGUGGUGCUGUAGGUAACUCCUGGCACCUCUGGGAAGUGAAGGGCGUGAGAUGAGUCACUCAUAGGCUCCAGCCUCUGACUUGAGAGUUGAAAGUGCCGUCACGUGGUCAGGCCUGCCCCAUCCCAAGGUGGUCUCCCGGAAGUCAAGUGCCUUCUCCCCUCCACGGAUCUGUGAUCUUCCCAACCCUGAGAUGACACAGCAGCCUACAGAUAACACUCGGGGGACCCUCAGCUUCCAUUUGCAACUCAUAAUCAGUAGAUUACAAGAUGAAUUUCAAUAAAUUAUUUUGGAGUUUAUUAAAGAUUUCCAUUUUAAGUACAACUAUACAGACUAAUUACUGUGAUGGACACAGAAAUGUAGUUGUAUUCUAGAACUGAAUCUUGUAUGUGUAUACUAUACUUAAUGUCGUUGGGUAAAUUAUUGGUAUAUUUUCUGAUUAAUGGUUAAUGCUUCCCUUAAAAAUAAUUGAGUCAUUCAUUCACUGUUUUUCUGUUCUAUCUUUGUCGGUAGUAGCUAAAUUUUAAAUGAGAGCACCUUUCAUCCCAAAGUGCUUUCCUAAUGAAUGGGCUGAUAUGCAUCCUACCCAGGUAUCACUGUGCUGUCCUUUGCAGUCAGAUUUAGAAAGUGUUUUAAGAGCUAUGUGAAAAUAGGCAAUAUUAGUUUAGGUCAGGAAUUGAGAUACUGUGAUCAAACAGCAAACAUCAGGAAGUUAAUUUGACUGGCAAAAUCAAGGUAAACUUGGCCAGAAAACUGGCAUUGAAAACUUUUGCUCAGAUAAAAAAGUGCCAUUGAUUUUUACAUGACCAGCAAGUAUUUGGAAACUAGUCCUGUUUUAUGUCUGUAAUCCCUUUCACUCCUCAGGUGGUACCUGCCUCUCAGCGGUACAGCUGUAUCUUGGAAAUCCUCCAACCAAAUAGCCCCUGUCCUAACAUGAUUAGCUUGGUCUGACAGACUCUGUUAGCGUAUGGUGCUCGGGCUGCAGACUGCUAAUCCAGGGUUUUCCUGUCCUGAUCGUACACUGCACCCUGUCUAAGUGACUGGUACCCACUUGAGUUGUGCGGUAUACAACCUGUGCAACAUGUGGUGGCCCUACUGACUGGUACAUGGUGGAGGCGUUUAUGGAUUUUCAGCUUUGAGUAAAAACCAUGGUUCUCUAAAAAUUUAUAUGGAUUGUAUGCCUAAAUCCCAAUGCCACAUAGUGGCAAAUAAUUAUGAAAAAUUGUUCAAAAUAGAUAGGUGCCUUUUUUGUGAGCAGGGAGCAUAAUUGUUAAUUUGGAUAAUUAUGGUGAUUUCGUAAAAAUCAUGUAAAGUUAAAACAUUUUCUAACAGUUUACUGUCACUUAUCUCCAUGAUAUUAUGAAAUUAGAAAUUUGUCCUGGUGAGUGUUGCAUAGAUUCUUUGAAUGUAGUGUCGAAGUACUGAGAAUUAAGUUUGUACUUUUAUAGGCUUGGAUUUUAAACAUUAGUAGCAUCUCAUAAAUAAUGUAUGUGUUUUGGGAGAGUAAAGGAUACCGAUUGGUAUUUCAUGUUGUAUGAAAUGUCUUGUUUGAAACUCAUAGCAGUAAUGCUACGCUGUUGUGAUCCUCUUUUACUCUCAUCAAAUUCUGCAUUUAAAAUAUAUUUUUUCUUUGUCUUUAUAGGAACUCACAUACCAUUAAGUCAUUGUCAGUUGUAGCAGCUCUGUUGUGGAGUGAGAUAUUCACCUUUUAGCAUUCCAUUUUACUAACUAGGGUAGAAGAACACUUCUUUUCUUGACUACAUUUGGGGAAGUUUGGGGGAGUCCUGCUUAUUCCCUUGGGUGUUCCUUAUCUGGGGAAUCAGAUAUUUUACUAGUGUGUCUUUUUUUCAUCCAAUAAAUUGCAGACCCAAGAUUACUCAAACUCUCUGUUAAUUAGGGGGAAAGCCAAGGUUGGGACGGACUUCCCAGUAGAUACUGCUGCCCUGCCUGUCUCUUCUGCAAAGAGCUGCUACUUUGCCAGCCUGAGCAGAAAAACUAUGGCUUCUUUUGCUUUAUUUUCCCUUUUGGUUGGUUGGCUUUCUAGGAAUUCAGUCAGAUGCUUUGGAGAAUGCAAUGUAUGAUUUGCUAGCUCUCUCACCACUUAACUCACUGUGAGGAUAAAUAUGCAUGCUUUUUGUAAUUAACUGGUGCUUUGAAAACCUUUUUUAGGAAAGAAAAAUCUCAACCAAAGUUAUACUUAUCCAGACAAGCUGACUUGUUGCGUUAAUUUUAGCACAACCCAUUCUUCAGUGCCUCAUUAUUGGGGAAAAAUAUCACAUUUAAGGCUUCCAUAUAGCUCUGUUUUGCUAUAACAUAUAUUCUCAACAGUGGAUGGCUUCCAUGUAGGGUUAAACAUACUCUAGGUGCUUUUAUAUAAUUUAUUACAGUUUACUCUAUUGCAUUUCUGUACAACGAAAUGCAUGCCCUCCCGGGGAAGACUGUGAGUCCAGUUAAAAAAACAAACAAACACAAAAACCAAUAAGCAAUAUAAAACUGCACUCUGUUUUUUAAAAUGUGAAUGUCUUGAGUAAUUCAGAAGAGAGGAAGGAAUUUUGCUCUCUUAAAAUUUCAAGGAAAACAAAGGCAAAAACUAGUGUGAAGUGUGUAGAACUAGUAACCUAGAAAGCAUCGAGUCUUCCUUCUCUGAUCUAUUAAGUCUCACAAAGUCCAGGAGGAUGAGUGGAGAAAAUAUAUCUGGGUUUGCAAUGAAUGUAAGCUCAGAUUGUAGAAUUUCUGGUAACUUGGAGGGGGAAAAGCAUUUUCCGUAGAGCUCCAUGUAACAGGAAUGCUCUGUGAAAUGUUCAUCAGUGUUUUGUACAAAAGUGUUGCUGCUAAACGAAGUUCACACGUGGAAACUUAGAAUGUGCUUGAGCGCAGUCACGGCUCCGUGUCUGGUAUUGAAACGCCUGUUACAGCAUUUCCCAAACCGUUUUGACCCCAGGACCUUUUUCCCCUUUGGGACACCUAUGGACCUCUCACUAGUAUCCCAUGAAAAACAUUUUGGGAAACAGCAUUAUGUAGUUCUUUAAGGAGACAAAACAGUAAGGAACAGAUGGCACUGAAGCAGACUUUGUAUGCAUUUUGUACCAUAGAAUGUUGAAUUGAUGGAUGUAUACUUCCUCCUCUGGAGAGAACGAGCACAGAAAACUGUAAUAUAAGUGGUUAGAGCUCUUUCCUUUGAUGGAAAGAUCAGCAAUCAAUGAUCCUGGCUUUUUCACUGAAAGGAGCAGAAUUAAUACAAGGAUUAAUUGGGGCAGGUAAUUAAGGUUUUAAUUCAGAUCUAGAAGAAAACUUUGCACAAUUGAAUGCAGGUAUUUAUUCACAAAUAGUUCUAGUGUUUAGAAGUGACAGGACCUAUCAUUGAGGUUUAUAAGACUUACUGUGGGAUAUAAAUCUGUUUUUUAAAACACUUUUUAGGAAUCUGAAACUUGCCAUCUGGCAUUUUAGUUUAAUACAAACUAAUGAUAGCAUUUGAAAGAGAUUCUUUAUUACUGAACAUCGAAGCUCUGAAAUGUCUUGAAAGGUGUUAAACUAUUUGCCUGUUGUACAAAGAAAUGUUAGAUUGUUGUAAAAAGAAUUGCUAUAAAGAACUGUAAAAUAACACUACAUUAUCUGGUGUUGAAACUUACCUGGAAAUGUUGAUUGAUUUUUAUGCCUGUCAAUGUAUUGUAAGAAGCACAGAAUUGUAGUUUUGUUUUAAUAAACCCCAAAAUGAACAUA